AUGGAGAGGGACAAUGGCACAGUGGUGACCGAAUUCAUUCUCCUCGGUCUGACCCAGUCGCAAGAUGUUCAACUUCUGGUCUUUGUGCUCGUCUCAGUUUUCUACCUCAUCAUUCUCCCUGGAAAUGUCCUCAUCAUUCUCACUAUAAGAUCAGACCCUGCCCUCACAGCACCCCUCUACUUCUUCCUUGGCAACCUGGCUUUUCUGGAUGCAUCGUACUCUUUUAUUGUGGCUCCCAGGAUGCUGGUAGACUUCCUUUCUAAGAAGAAGGUGAUUUCCUAUAGGGGCUGCAUGACUCAGCUCUUUUUCUUGCACUUCCUUGGAGCUGGGGAGAUGUUUCUUCUUGUUGUGAUGGCCUUUGACCGCUACAUUGCUAUAUGUCAGCCUUUACACUAUCCGACUAUCAUGAAGCCUAGAGCCUGCUAUGCAUUAUUGUUGGCUCUUUGGAUUGGGGGCUUUGCUCAUUCCAUUGUCCAAGUGGCUCUUAUUCUACAUUUGCCCUUCUGUGGUCCAAACCAACUGGAUAAUUUCUUCUGUGAUGUCCCUCAGGUCAUCAAACUGGCCUGUGUAGACACUUUUGUCGUGGAGCUCUUGAUGGUCUCCAACAGCGGCUUGCUCACCCUUCUGUGUUUCCUGGGUCUCCUGGCCUCCUAUGCUGUCAUCCUCUGCCGUAUCAGAGGACACUCUUCUGAAGGGAAGCACAAGGCCGUGUCCACGUGCACCACUCACAUCAUCAUCGUGUUUCUCAUGUUCGGACCUGCCAUUUUCAUCUACACUCGCCCCUUCAGAGCCUUCCCAGCUGACAAAGUGGUCUCUCUCUUCCACACAGUCAUUUUUCCUUUGAUGAACCCAGUGAUUUAUACCCUUCGCAACCAGGAAGUGAAAGCAUCUAUGAAAAGGUUGUUGAGUAGGUACAAAGCUUGCUGA